AUUUGCUAUUUGCUUGGGAGGAGGAAGCGGUGAGCGGGCGCGCGUGGGGGUUCAAGUAACUCAAGCGUGCCUUGCAGCUUUUUACGCAUGACUUCCAAGCUGCGUGGCGCCGUCGCCUUGACUAACAGACCAAUGUGGGAUUUCUCUUUCAUUUGAACUGAAAUACAAAUAUAUUUUUUGCCACCAAAUGCACUUGUGACAAUUGUGCGCGUCCAAAAAAGAUGGCCGGUGCGCGCAAUCCCCUACCGGUUUUGUUGGCUCACGUGAGGAGUCUGAGGAGGUGCUUCACCUCCCUCCUGCCUGCCCUCCAUGGUCAUGACCAGCCAUCACACCCCUCCUUCAGCCCGUCUCGUCCUGUUGGUCUUGCUCGCUGUCACUCUGACGCUGGACGCCGACACCGCCCCCGUGCAGACCGAAACUGGAGACAGAGGGGCCGAGGAGGGAGGGGCGGCAGAGGAUACCGCACUCGCUCCGCCGCCCCAAGGCGACGGCGGCGGCUACAACAAGUCGCGAGUCGAGCAGACAGUACCGGGAUCCAACCCGAUGCAGUUGCUCGGGCUCCUUCUGCGAGCGCUGGAUGAGCCAGGGGAGGGGCACGUGGGCCGGGAGACGUCCUCUAGCCUGGUGGAGGUCAACGAGACGAGGGAACGGUCUGAUGCAGACAAGGUUAUCCGAGACUUUGAGGAGGAGGGGAGCCGAGGGCAAUCUGCCGUGGACCUCCUGGAGACGGUGUCGCUCGGCAGCUUCGUCACACCCGAACCCCACGGGGAAGACAGCUCUCUGCAGCGCAAGAUCCGCGGCUACUUCCAGAACAUUGACUUGGGCCUCCAAGAUAAUGAGAUCCUGCCACCUCUGAAGGGCUACAAGGCGUACAACACGCAGUUGGCACGAGCCGGAAAAAAACUCCGCUGGCAGGGGAACUCCGCCGCCCCCGUCAAAGGCGGCAACUUCAUGGACGAUUUUGAGGAUGAGGGUGACGAGUUGGAGGAGGAGGUGGAGGAGGAGGAUGCGAGCUUGAGUCGCGUGGAGGAGGAGGCAAGGGCCAGGGCCGAAAAGCAGGAGGUGCUACGGCAGCAGGAGGAGGCAGAGCGGGCUCGCGAGGAAGAGCAGCGAUUGGCUGACGUGGCUUCCGACAUGCUGCUCCAGUACAUGGGCCGCAAGCAGCAGUCCCUUCUCAAGGCACGACAGAAGAGCGGCAACGCCGCCGAGGAUAAGCGAUCUGAGGAAGUCCUCCUCCCUGACCAGACUGAGGACGACCUGGACCAGCAGAUGAUCGACAGGCUCAUCGAGAUCAGCAGCAAGCUGCACCUGCCCGCCGAUGAUGUAAUUGAGAUCAUCAGCGAUGUGGAGGAGAAGAAGAAGAAGCGGAAAGAACUGAAGCAGCAGCUUCCGGCGGUUGCCGCCCUACCCGUGAUGCCCCGCUUUCGGCCCCUAGUGCCUCCCCCUCUGGCGCGGGCACCCGUCUACCACUACACAGCCUCCAAAAACCCCAAGAAAGCUCCUUACAAAGCCCCCUACAAGCACAUGAAGAAGUGGCAGAAGGACAAAGGCAGGUUGCGCAAACAGGACUUUUGGUAUCAGGCUCAGACCCCCAUUGACUACUGGUACAAACCCCAGAAACAAUUCCUCGCCUUCCCCUCCUACCCGUACUAUCAAAAGCCAUAUCGUGCAUACUACCCCGUCUACUUUCCCUACCCCAAGCCGCAGUACUACAGCAAGCCCCCUCCUGCCCCAGACCAGCCUUUCAGUCCCCAAGAUCUUGAGCCACAGGGUCCCUGGCGCAGGCACAGGGGCCAGGGCAAGAACCGGGGAAAGGGCUGGAAGCAGAGGCCGGCAGCCAACCUGCCCGAUGCCCCUUACAUCUCUAACUAUAUCCUGCCCCACCCACGGACCUACCAGCUUCCUCCGCCCCCCAAGCCGCUGGCCCCACCCCGGCGAGGGAGACGGCCACCCUUCUAUUAUCCCCCUGGCACGCCGCAGAAUGAAGACUAUGAGGAAGACGGCCUGGUGCCUCAGCUGGACAGUGAGGAAGAACUGGAGAACUUUAUCGAGAGGAUCUACAUGAAGCGUAGAAUGUACUGAAGGACUGCUUUCCUUUGGGCUGUUGGACCCACGGGUGGGUGUGGUGUAAUCAUAAGGCUAAAAUGAGUCAUUUGGAAGGUGCAGGAAUGAGAUUCCGCUUUGUUAAAUCCACUGUAUUUGUUUUUCAAUUUGUUGUUGUUGAUAGGGUUCCGUCAGAAGAGCGGAUGAGAUGGGGUGGGGCGUGGGUCUUAACCUGCACACCGCCAUGUGAACACAGGGCGGCGUAUGUUCGUCCGUCUCCAUUCAGGUUUUCUAUGACGCAGCAUCACGGGAACCAUGUUUACAACAUGUCUUUGUACGUUACAUUUGACACACACAAAAAGAACAUGCCUUUGGUUGUAUUGGAUGUGUGCGGGUGCCUUUACAAUUUGGGGGCGGGGGUGGUGAGAAAAAAAAAGGUGCCACUAACACAUAUCUUUUGCAGUUUUUCCCAGAAUUCUUGCCUUAUGCAUACUAGUCUCAUCAUGAAGCCCUGCGGACCCCCAAAGCACAAAACACUUCCAGAUGUGGUGGGCCGAGGUUUCGUCAUCAUCGUUCUUUUGUAUCCGUGAGCUUCAGGGCCCCCGCGGAAUCUCUUUGUCAAUUAUUCUUCUGGCUAAUGAGUAUAUUCCCUUUAUGGAGACUUGAAAAUGCCAGAGAAUUUAUGUGAUAAUUCCCAAAUAAAAUCCCUCCUAAAAAUUCACUAAAUACCACAAGAAAAAUUCAACCUCACCUAUGGUCGAAAAAGUCUACUGGCAUAUCUAUAAUAACAAUACACACAAAAAAAGUGUCAAAAACCCAUCUCUGGAGUUAACUCUUUGGCCGCAAUUGACAGUGAUAGACGAAACAUAUCUCUGUUACUCCCACAUACAGUAUAUGUUCAGUAUUCAUAGCAUGUGUUGUGGUAGUUAAAAAAGAAUUACAUGUAUAUCAAAAACACCCAUUGACGGCACUAGACAUCCAAUCCAUUUUGACUGGAAGGGCCCCUCCUAGUCAAAAUCGAUUGGACAUCUACCACCGUUAAUGGCAGCCAAUGAUUUAGAAAUUAACCGUUUUUACAUUGAGCGCAGUCACAUCGGUAUACUACCACUUACAAUUAUGAAAAUAAGGAAACACAUCAACAACAUUCCUACUGUACCGGCUUCAAUUUUUUCCCAGUUUCCUCAGAAAACCAA